AUGGUAAGAGAACCAUCGCGCCGGGUGCCAGAGAGUGACAACUGUGCGUGAGUGGUGGCAGCCUCAGGUGGCAGCACCGGUCCCUCACGCUCGCUCCUCACUACUCUCCGGCUGCCCUCUCACUCACUACACACUGCUCCCUACACCCCAUCACCAUGUUAUACUAUGCAAUUUUGGCGCUGGCUUUUGUGGGAUGCGUCUCCUCUGACGGUGAAGGAGAAGAGAGAGCAAGAUUAUUAGCUGCUAAACGGGUCCAUAAUUUAUACUUGGUGGAAGGGAGGGACAUUGUUGUGCAGUAUUCGGUUCAUAAUGUUGGGCAGGCUGCUGCAAUCAACGUUCAGCUCACGGAUGCUGGUUUUAGUACCGAAGAUUUUGAUAUUGCUGGUGGUCAAUUACAAGUGAAGUUUGAUCGGAUUGCUCCUAAUGCUAAUGUGUCUCAUACUGUUGUUGUGAAGCCCAAGAAGUAUGGUUAUUUCAACUUCACAGCAGCUGAGGUGUCUUACCAGCCAUCUGAAGAUUCAGUAGAGAUCCAGAUUGGAUAUACCUCGGAGCCUGGUGAGGGAGGAAUCAUUGCUUUCCGUGACUAUGACAGGAAGUUUUCACCUCAUGUUUUUGAUUGGAUGAUCUUUGCUCUACUGAUGAUCCCUGCUCUUCUAGUUCCUUUCAUGAUGUGGUACAAUAUUAAGUCCAAAUAUUCAACUGUUCCCCGCACGAAGAAAGGGAAAUCGGAUUAAUUCUCAUAUUGCCUUCUCUAUUAAUCAGUGACAUUUAAUAUAAAAUUGUUCUUUAGAUCUGGACAAAUCUGAAGGCCUAAAUGAUGCAGUUUCUCAAUCAAACUUGGGCAAUUUAUUACAAAUUUAGAUCAUGCAUUCCUGAUGUUAGACCACGCUCACUCUGGGAUCCUUGCCUGUCACAUUUGUACGAGUGUAAAAGAUGUAAAAAAUCACUUUGGGAUAUUUGUAUGCAUGUAAACUAUGUAAAGAAUGGACUGGUGAAUUUGUUUAUGUAAGUUUGAAUAUUGUUUUAUAAUGAAAUAAAUAAAAGUAAUGUACAA